UACCGCUUUAACUUGGGCAUUAUACUACCUCGCAAAAAAUCCUGAUGCUCAGGAUAAUCUUCGUAAAGAAGUACUUGAAAUAUUUAGUGAUUGUAAUCAUUUUCCAACUUUUGAUGAAAUUGAAAGUUUGAAAUAUUUGGAAUGUGUUUUUAAAGAAAUUUUAAGGAUAAUCCCACCUUAUGAAAUUAUGAAUGGUUAUACUGUUCCAAAGGGAACUCCAUUGGUGAUUCCUAUCUACGCAAUCCAUCAUGAUCCCUCAAUUUGGGGUGACGAUGCUAAAUAUUUUAAUCCAUCUCGGUGGCUUAAUCCGGAAAUAAAAGCAAGAGUAACAAAUUGUAAUUUCUUACCUUUUGGUGCAGGUCCAAGAAAUUGUUUAGGAAUGAAAUUGGCUCAUUUAGAAGUUAAAACCAUUUUAGCAAUAAUAAUUAGAAAUUUGAAGUUUAGAUUAGUUGAAGGUUUUACCUUUGAAACAAUAACUUCUGGUUUUUCUAAACCUCAUCCUAGAAUGGAUUUAUUUGUUUCAAAAGUGGAUUAUUAA